AUAAAUAGUUGCAUCACGCCAGGUGUUCCCACUUUGCUUCUCAUAUACCACUGCUACACUGCGGAGAAGUCUGCUAAGUUGGAUCGAGCAGUUGGAAAAAUGUUGCAAUCUCAGCAGGUAUCAUCACUGGAGCGGAAAAAAUAUGAACAGGUCAGGCGAUUUAGCCACGUUCGUGCACAAAAAAAAAAAUAAUAAUAAAAACAUAAUAAAAUAUGAUAAAAUAAAAAUAAAUAAUAUAUCCAGGUAGGAGAUGGGCAAACGAAUAAACUUGCCUGAAAACCGUGCAUAGAAACAUACGUACUACCAAACAACCUCGCUCACCCGCGUCAAAACUCCGAACGCCAGUCCUGUAUAAUCGCCACUACAAUGACAAAUGACGCAGCGCUUCGGAAAAAAAAAAAAGAUCGCAAUUCUCCCCCAAAGUGAGAAUUACCAAAGGGUACCACUGCUGAGGUUAUUCCCACCCCCUGAACCCAAAACAACUGUCGUAAGGAAAUGUCGAAGUAUAGAGCCCCCCUCCCUCCGUACAAUUUCAAAAGCAAAAUAGAGAAAAUCGACGAGGAGUUCCGCAGGAGUGGCACCUUCAGAAGGAUAAACAACCGCAAGAACAAUGAAAUCAGGGAUAUGUUCAUAAAACUGGGGACCGAUGGAUAUUCUGACGCGUCCUGUUUUUACUCACUGGGAAAUACCAAAAUAUUGGCACUCAUAUAUGGACCGAAACCCGACUCCAAGAAUGCAACUUACGACAAGGGAAAGGUCUUUCUGGAUAUCAAAAGUUUGAAUAUGAAUGACGAUAGGGCCAAAGACGAGAGCGAUGAAAAUAUAAAGAACCUGCUACUAGAAUGCGUUUCGAGCGUUAUUCUGCUGAACCAGUACCCACAGUGCUCCAUUAACAUAAAGUGCCUAAUCAUUCAGAACGAUGGAGGCUGUCUGAGUGCCACCCUGACGUGCAUAUCGCUUGCAUUAAUCAAUGCCCAAAUUAAAAUGCGGGACAUGAUCGUUUCCGUAAAUGUGAAUUCAAUCAUUUGCCCAAACACGAAGAGAGUGUUUCAUCUUGUGGACGUGGACAGUUUGGAGGAAAAAUACUACAGAGGGAAAUACGACACGAACAGCAUAACCCUGGGGAUAUGCCUGAACCUCAGAACAGUGUGCUUCUUUCAUGGGUCCGGGAAUUCCUUUAACAGCAAAACGUUGUCCGAGAUUAUCAGCUACGCUGAAUGUGCAUGCAGAUCCCUGGGGUGCGAAAUAAAGACGGUAUUAAAAAACUACAUGGCGAAGAAGCACGAAAUUUCGUGCGGUUAG